AUGGCGACAACUAUCUCUGUCGUCGUUUUUCGGGGAGAUCCAGUUGACUGGGAUAUGUACCGCCACACGGCGCUUCAUGUUCAGUAUGCAGAUGGCGAAGACAUGAUCCUGCACGUCACUGGAGCGCACCCAUUUUUCGAAUACACGCCGAUGAACAACCAUCCAAAAGACUUGAAAAUGGCUAUAGUAGCCUCUAUUCUCGUCUCAACUCUACCAGACUGGAUCACUAAAUCUAUGAUUCAGAAUGCUUGCGCAGCAACCCCGGUCCGAAACGAUCCUCGCCACACGGACUGGAACUGCUAG